GGGCCAUCAAAAGUCGAAAGAUGAAGUGGUCUGCAGCCAACACUAAGAAAUUUCGAUCUCCAGGCAUGUGUGCCACUGUCCAUAAUAUAGCCACCAUCCUUAUCAAGCCCACUAGCUACUAGUAGCUAGCUAGCAAUACAGAAGCCUUUCCUAUUAUUGUAGUAUAGAGGAAGAAUGGCAGACACAACCCAGCAGCAACCUGCAGCAACCACCACAGAUGAGGAGACCAAGCAAGAUGACGAUGAGCGUUCCGUGGAAUCGGCAAGACUAAGGGACAGUUUUAUUAGAUUGACUACCCAAGGUACCCCUGAUCAUACUGAUGAAGAUGAUGCACCCUCCCAAGGCCCUUUUUACCGUAGGUAUCUCACAUGGAUUACAACUGCUAACGAUUACAACCACAACAAUGGCAAUGACAACAACAACAACAAUGACAAUAGUACCAUGGACACAACCACAAUGCACUCCACAACCACUCUUCCUCCUUCACUGGCACAAGCUCCUACCACACCGGCCGUUCUUACCAUGCUGCUUCCCUUGGCGUGCAUUGUCACACACAUCAUUUUUGCUUAUGGACAAUGGGCUCCCAUGUGGAGAUUAUCACUCACAGCAGAAGAUAUGGAUGUCACCGCACAAGCACAAACUGCACUCACCAAGAAAAUUUUCAAUCAACUCGGUCUAGACCAAACGCCAGGGUUUACCCAUGACGGUGACACGUUGAAUUAUCAAAUCGAACAAGAACACACCGUGCAAACAUUCACCUAUGGAUUUGCGGUACAAGAAUUGUGGCAAGCCUAUGGCAUGCCAGGCGUCUUUUUGCCACGGUGUGCCGCCAUUUUACUCGUCAUCUUUUCCGGCAUUUGGCCACAUCUCAAACUCAUCUUGUUGCAAUGGUCGUGGUCCUCUCGACGCUUGUCACUGACACCCAAUCGACGCACACGGACUCUUGGGUGGUUGGCACUCUUGGGCAAAUGGUCCUUGGCCGAUGUCCUCACGGUCUGUGUCAUGGUCGGAGUCCUCAAUUUGGAAUGGGUCAUUGAUCCACCCACUGUGAAAGAGGGAAUUGCCAAUAAUUUGGCCAUGUUGAUUGAUUUGGCCAAACAAGUUUGGGAUGAUGGACAAAUAUGUUCCGUCAUGCUAUCUUUUGAUGCAUCCGAUUGUGGAUCCAAAGACUUGAGUAUCAAACAACAUUUGGAAUGUUUUGCCUGCAAAAAGUUUGUCUGGAUGGCAUAUCAUGAACCGGAUGUGGUGGAAAAACAAGGAAAAGCCAUUGUUAAGGGAAUUGAAAUGAGUGGACAUGGGGCCGUACGAUUGUCGGUAGUGGGAAUGGAAGGGAUCUAUGCCUUUUGCAUUGCCGUCAUUUUGUCCGUUCUACUCAGUGUCAUUGUUGAUUGGUACAACUACAAGUACAUUGAGACGCUGCGCGAAAAAAUUGCUGCAAGACAACGGGGGGAGGAUACAGAUUUGACACUCUCCAUCACAACAAAUCCGGAGGAAGCAGCAUCGCUCUUGUUAGUGGGCGACACUACUUCCGAAGCCUCCGAACCCUUGCUGGAGAACAGCAGUAGUGGCACACCCUUUGAACCACUCGAAAUCAUGGAAGAUGAUUCUUCUGUUUUGGAUCAUUGGGUCCAACGCACUACGUCGGCACCGGCCUACACGUGCCUCCAUUGUCAUCACAUCCUACCCAUGGUCACACUGGUGUUGGUUGGAAUGGCCCUGUACACACCCUCCAUGGAACGAAAUGUUGGUGGUGCCAUUCCCAAGUAUCUCAAAGAGGUGCUGGGGCUCGAUCUCAAUCACAAAUAUUCCCUAGCGUCACUCCAAGACUUGACUGGAGCCGCCGGUGGUAUGGAUCUCUUGUUGAUGGGUACCUUUGCACUCUUUAUUGUCUUGGGGCCACUGUUGCGAGCCAUUCUGGUUGUGUUGGUGGCCAUGACCGCCAAGACAACAGCAUCGACACGAACACAGCGCAUUCGAUCGCUACUGGUCCAUGUCAGCAACUUUUUGGCUGCCUUUUGUGCCUGGGAAGUCUUCUUUGCUGCUAUGUUCAUGGUGGAAUUAAUCAUGCCCAGUGCCACCAAUACCAUUUUGAAUACACCCGCCUGUGAAAUUCUAUCGGGAGAUGGUUCCUCUUGCCUCCAAGUAUCCUACGAACGUGUUUCUACAACCUUUGCCUUUUUGAUACUGGGAUGGUGCCUUGUGGGUGGACUCUCCAUUCACGUUUCCAUGGAAGAUAGCAAAGAGCGAAUGAUGGAACGACACAAUGGACAAGUGGACAGCCUAGAAGCCUAUCGGCCAUUGCCCUAUUUCGAUGGUGGUUUGCCCCCAACGGAAAUUCAUGCCGGAAACAGUCGUCCAUUGGCAUUUGGGGAUGACAACAAUAGCAACACCAAUGGUGGGGCAUCCAUGAUGGAAGAACAGCUCGUGUAGCCUUGUGCGCAGCUGGUCUUCCUGGUGACCGCUGGGCACCAAAGAUGGGAGCGAUUCCCUGUGGUGGAGGUGUUCCAUUAUUUCUCCUCACUCUCUUUUCCAACUUUCCAAAUCAUGUCUUGUAUCACAAAAUCUAUUUCAAGGGAAACCUACCCUUCUUGUGCUAAAUUAAGAGAAGUUUGUCCAAACUCAAUUGCACAUUGUUUCUGUGAAGAUUGAUGCACUCAAAUCCGGGUGCCACGGUGAUACAGUUGCAUGUAUGGCUGAGCGGAGCUGAACGGCUAAACAGAAAGGAAAGUCCACGAAUUUUGCGUAAACUUCUGGCCUUCCAACCUCGAAGGUAGUAGAGCGAAGAAUCGGGGUAUUAUGGAAACAAGUGAUACUACAUGUCGGCCAGUUUGACGAUCAUUCAUGGCCUUGUCAGCCCUUGGGUACUGCUGGUGUGAAUAACGAUGUAGACCAAGUCCCCAAGGAUUGGUUGCAGGAGGGACAGUUUGUGGCAAAAGUGCAUCAACGCACGUAUACGCGAAAUGGAUCUGGUAGAUACGGUACCAGGUACCGGGGCACGCUGAUUCGAUGCGACCAGAAAAUGCGAUCACAAUGCCCCUCCUUGAUUGCAUGGUCAGUUGCUCCUAUACUACAGAAGGAAGCAGACCAAUGGAAGUCUGCGAGGACCCUUUUCUUCGAUGUAACUUAGAAAGGAAGAGUGGCAUGCCUCUACCAAUAGGUUCCCGCACCCAGAUCACAUCAUGUAUGCUAGCAGCAAAAGCGUGAGCGUCAAUCUUGAGCAGGCUUCCUCGCCAGUGUCUUGAUUGAUGCCUUCUCCUACUACACGACGGGACUGUCUCCUGGCCACAUCGGCAUGCAUCAGGAUACCGCGGGAACACGGAAAGCCUCAAAUUUCUGUUUCGGUGGGAAGAAUCGAAUCAUAGAUACGGUAGCAUUUGAGGCACGACUAGAUGUCACCGAUGCCGUUUGGCAAGCUUGGCAGCUGCCACUCUUGUCAAAAAGAAUAUAUGCCGAUCCCGUCUCGCCAGCACAUUGAGAUUGCGGUCACAUCUGGCGGAGCCAAUCCCAGAUGAAGCCUCCCAUGGAGAAGACAUUCCUACCUGUGCCAACUCGUAAACCCAAUAUCGUCGUACAUGUAGUUCAAGACAUCAAUUGAGCUCUGAGCCGUCGUACCGUAGGGAGGUGUUGACCCCUCCGAGUCCUGUUAAGAGGGGUGCCAACAAUAACGAUGACAGCUUCAUUUUGCUUAGAUCUUUUUACUCACAACUCGCUGUAUAGCUUCUGGUACGUACAGUACCGGUGUGUAUUCAAAUGCGAAAGGGUCAAUGUGCAAUGAACCGACGCCAAGAUUGUUUGUGGCUGGAAUGGGGCAAUGAGAGAACUGGAGCGGGACGGAGACUCAGGUUGUCGCUACAUCCAACAUCAUAGGUUAUUCACGCUGUUCUUUUCCUCUUCCUCUCUCUAAAAUUGGCGCUAGAAAAGAUCUGGCCUGAUUCGUUUGAGAAAACAUGCGUUUUUGGUUGGGUUUUCGGUGUCACGUGUUGGUUUUGGUGGGAGUCAAAUAUUUCGGUCACACUUCAUACGGGCCUCAUCCUG